CUCUGUUACGAAUUAUUGCUUUCGACGUCGCCGUCGUCCCAGGUUAUACCCCAGGUGGGUCCCGAACAUUCCGGCGAACUAUACGAGCAGACAACUUUAGAAACUCGACCGCAAAACUCAUUAGUCGCCCGCGGAAGUGAGCUAUUAUUGAUUUCGUGGUGCACCAACAGUCAACGUGACUUCUUGUAACUCGAUACGUCUCAGCCACAAAGAGAUACGGAUACGUGCACGCACGAAUCCAAUGAGACACGUAAAACUAACUCAAGUGACGUUUAUUUCUGCCACAACUUUGACAUUUUAACCACAUUAUUACACCGUUCUACAAAUUUUAUUUGAUGGUUUGCGACUGUAUUCAUGGACAGCGACGAAGAUCUGUUCUACGAUUCGUUAGACGAGGAGUUUUUUAGUACUACAGUCACCUGCGAUCCGGACGAUAGUGCUCCUAGCGAAAAAUCUGUUGUGGAAGACAAGACUUUAGAAGCCGAUUCUGUGCCUCUCUACGACGGGGAGAUUCCCCGAAACGACCUCUCGACGAAAGACACCAAGAACAAGUGUAAGAAAUGUUUGCUACGGAGUCCACUGAUCAGAGAAAGCACGCGUAGCGAUUAUUUUGUCCUGGAGAAAGACAGCUUUACUUCCAGAAACAAGAACUCUUACCUCUCGUUGUUCAAGUCUCGUACGACGCCAAAGUCUAACCGAAUUCCCGGACAAGAGACCGACAGAGCGACCGAUGGGGACGUGACGGACAGAUUUUCGUUUUGCAGCGGUCUCACCGAUGACACGGAGAACUGCUGCGAGUUCAAAGAUUGCGUCAACGACCAGACCUACGACGACUGCAUUUAUUGUCAGUCUGCAAGGACGAACGAAGUGAGCCAGAUAUCUCUCGACACCGUUGUGAGCGAAAUGUCCGAGCUUAAAAGCGUUUCACAACAACAUCUCACUGAAUUCACUAAAGGGGGACGAACGACUGGAAGGAAACUGCACGGAAAACCGAAAGCACAAAUAGUCAGUCCCAUUUUGGGUAGUCUUGGACCCGAUAUAGAUAAAAAGAAGCUGGAAUUGUUGCAGAGAAAACAGAACUACGGAUUGAAAGUGAGUCAGAAGAACCGAAUUAAGUUUAAGGAGAGACAGGUGCUUCAGAAUCUGAAAAAGGAGAUAGACAUUUGCCGGGAGAAUAGAAAGAAGGAGUUGGACGAUAAGAAAGAACUGCAGACUCCUUCCAACACGCUUCCGAUGCCUUCUUCUUCUUCUAUUGUAUUGUAAUGUAAUAAUAGUCGCCAAUAAUAACG